CCCGGGGUUGCUUUCGAACUGCUAGGUUGGCAGGCACUGGGACCGAGCGACGGGAGCCGACCUUUCGAUCGGCAAGUCCUAGGCGCUGAGGCUUUUACCCACAGCGCCACCCGCGUCCCUACCACUGUAUAUACAAAGUGAGAAAUAAAUAAGUAAAAGGAGCCCAAUGCUGAAACCAAUAUGGUGCCCUCUGGAUCUUGCUGGACUUCAACUCCCAGAACCUCUUGGCCAUGCUGUCUGGGGUGGGACUCAUGGGAGUUGGAGUCCAAUGGGAGGGCACCCUAUUGCCUUCCCUUAAGGACUGGACUCCCAACUCCAGCUUUUAUGCAUGCGUUGAACGGGUGAGAAAAAAACCUAAUUUUGAAUCUAGCCCACUAUGGAGUAGAUCCCGGCACUCUAUGCACACUGACUUGGGAGCAAGUCCCCACUGAGUGGCGUUGCGCUGUAAACUCGCCACUCGUGCCAUUAAUCCCUCCCCGCACGGCCCUGAGCUCGCAAGCACACCGGAGAAUCAAGCCUAGCAGUAUGAGGGGGGACGAAGUCAACGAGAGCGGCUCCUCCGAAUGUAAUGGACGAACCCGACGCCUAAGCGCGGAGAUAGGCCCUUGGGAGCAACUACUGCGGGGAAGAGGGGCGCGUUCUGCCGCAGACACCAGCAACCCUUCCGAAGAGCUUGCUGGUCCGGGCGGCGGGGCCGAGUUCCUGUUCCAGGCGUGGCUGCUGCGUGCCUUGGUAGAGUGAGUCACAGGGCUGUCAAGGCGGUUUCCCAAGUGCCGCAGGAAGGCGGGCUGCAGCCUGUGCAAGGAGCAAAAUGUUGUCCCCGAGGUAAGGCGAUUCUUGGUGGCGGCGUCUGCAUCCAGCCGGCUCGGGGCGGGGAAGAGGGCUCCGCACAGGCAGGCGCGCGGCACUUCCAGGGCCGAGUGGCAGCGCCGAGGUCGGUUAAUAGAAAGCCAGGCAGACGCGACCGUUUAGGGAGAGCGGAGGCCUGCCCCUCCUUCCCCUUUCUCCCCGCUUCGGCCUGCGCCCUGGCAGGACGGGAAGACCUGGCCGAAGCCAAACAUUGCUUUCGGACGUACGCCUUGUCUGGGGCCUCCUUUUCCUGGGAGACAAGCGCUAGACACGGCAUACGGUCUCUGGGCUCCAGAGGACUAGCCUCGUGACAGCAGGAAGCCGCAAGAAGUGCCACGGCGGCAGCGCAUAGUGCAGUUGGAAUCACGCUGACUCCGAAGUAAAGUCCUCCCUGGUUUCCCUGGAACUUACACCUGCGUAAAUGUGACUAGGACCGCGGACUUAAAGACUAACCAAUACUGUUAAUUUCAGGAGGAGAAUUUGGUGGGGUUGGGCACCAGUGAGUCACUCUGGACAGGCUCGUUGAGUGGAAGUUCUGCCACCCAUUUUUGAGUAUUUUAAUGCAACGUUUGGCCAAGUAUGAAAGUUAAAAGUUAUUCUACACUCAACUGUAUUCUUAAAGUACCAGGGCACACAGGACGGGUGGUGCUUGGGCCAAUAGCCUUGGCCAGUUUGUGCUUUUGCCUCCCCACCACUGACAGGCCAGCCCUGCAAGGUAGCAUCUCCGCAUGCUUCAGUGCUCCUUGCUUGUGCCUGGCAGGAGCACCCUGUUGAGAGAGGAACGGCCACUGCUGCUGAACCCAUUCAACUUCCCUGCUGUCCCAUGAAAACCCCCUUGUGAGGCUAACUAAAGCUAGAUGAUACUAGGAUGUGGGAAAGGUAUCCCUAUCUACAAAGGAAACAACAGAUGUACCAAAGCCUAUAUUAUCCAGGCUCGGGUAGAUAAUGAAAGGGAAAGACAGUUGGUCACCCCAGCAGGGUCAGUGGCAUGACACAUAGCAGGGAUAGCAGGCGCAAUAUCUCUUCUGGUUUCAGCUGCAAGUUAGGAAAACCUUCACCUGUUGCAUAACAGCCAUGGAACAUGCAACUGUACAGGAACCCACUUGGAGCAAGUAGAUUAAGAACCCCACUGAGAAACAGCCAGGUGCAUCCUGGUUAGUGCUGCCUUUCUCCUGAUCUGCAUACAGAGGACAGCCCAAAGCAAUGAGCAACAGUUAACAGCCAGAGCACAGAGUUCCUCAACCUGGAUGCACCAUAGGUGUUGUGAAGAAGAAGGGGAGGGGUGGUCCCACCAGCUCAACCACUGUUGGUGUUUCAGCCUCCUCCCUCAUGGGGUGGGGUGGGGGGAAACGAGUGACUGCAAGUAUACUUCUCCCUUCCUUGUUGCAGUGGCCCUCUUAGUGUGGUGACACCUUAGUCUUCCUGGACUUCCCAGACUUUGAUUCUGCAAGGCAAAAAUGUUCGUGCCUCUUUGGCCAGCAGUGGCAAUGCUGUCAGUGGCCCACAACUUGCCUGCAUUUUAGCAGUUCAGCCAGCAUUUCUGUUCUGAUAGUGAUGCUUUCAUACUUCCAGCCUGGUGGAACUUCUGCCAUAUCCUCUGGCUCCCAUUUCAUGGAUCUCAAGUAUAGGAUUGCACUUUUAAUGCCACCUAUGAUAUCAUACUCUUGACAGUAUUCAUUCUCCUUUUGAUGCAGAUGGUUUUCAUUAAGCAAGGCCUGUCCCCCCUUGGCCAGGAUGUUGACUUCCUCCACCAGUGGCUCCCAGGUUUCCCAGACUAUGGAGGAAGGUAAUGUAACUGGGCUGGCAGGUGUGAGAAUACCUGCAGGCAGGUGUGAGAAUACGACCAGAAAGGUUGAUCUGUUUGUUUAGUGGCAUCUGUAGCAGUAAUAGCUGUAGCUGGGCUUCUAUUUAUGUGGGAACUGUUUUUGAAACAAAUAUGUUCUUAGUGUAACUUUUCCCAGCAGUAAACAGAAAGUAAAAGCAACAAACACAGUGAGUUGUCAUUAGAAGCACAUCUCUCCAUGGCAUCAAAUUGCUUAGUGGAAGAAAACUGGACCCUCCAGAAUGAUACCCAGGGACCUUGAGGCCUCUCUGCAUCAACAUCCACAUUUACAUGUGACAAGAAGGGAAACUAUAUUUUUUAUGAAAUGGCCUUGCUCUAUGGCUGCAAUGGGUGAGGGGUGUCUCAGUAGUGUUGGGUGCCUCAGCAGUGCUUGACUUAGGGCAGUGCAGGCAGUUCCCCUGCAUGGGGAACCGAGUUGAGGGGACGCAAAAUAAUAACAAUAACAACCACAAUAAAACCCAUCUAUUAUAUAUAAGUGUUGUGUGCCAAAUUUUGUCCCAGCUCAAGGUGCCAUAUUACCAAAGUCUAACACAGUCUAGCAAACCAGCCCUGUUAUCUUAACCUUCCCACAAUUUACAGUGACUGGCUAGUUCCAUGCAGGCAGUGGCCUGCAUCAUCAACACCAGUUCCUUGUAACACUUUAUUAUGCAAUCCAUAAUAGAUAAAAGUGCAAACACGUGUUUUGAAUUAAGUAGUUGUUUAACCACGUCUGUUAUUAUUCUGUAUACUGCAGCCUAGAAUGUCUGCAUUUGCAGGCAGAGCCACCACAGAUGAAAUAAGGUUUCUUUCUCUCUUACAAUACCCCAGUCUAGCACAUGGGAGACAUUCUGUUCAGUUUUAUCUAUGAUACACAAUUUUGUUACCUUUUUUAAUUUAGAUUUUAGGAAUCUUACUGAAAGUCAUUGUGCUUUUAUUAUACUUUGUGUGAUAUAACUAUAAUAAUAGUUAUGAGAAACGUGGAAUAGAGGAGAUAAAGGAAGCAAACACAGCUAUUCAGUACCCUGCAGUGCUAUGUACACUUGGAAAACAAACAGAGGGACAUCUUAACGUUAGCACAGAAAUAAAUGAUCACUACAAUAGAAUUAAAUCAUAUGUUAGCACUCUUGUGCAUACACUUCUACAUUUUGUGACUGAGUCCAAAAUGACCAGGAAAACAAUGCAAUUAGGGUUUUUGCCUUGUGUUUUACGACACUGAUAAUCUAAAUGGCUUUUUCUACUUUACAGGACAUUCACCCAUUCAUGUGAAUAAUGGUGUGUUGUGGUAACCUGUAUGCAUUUUAAUAUGGCUAUAUAUCUGCUUCUAUCUUGCUUCUAUCUUUCUUUGUUGGAUGGUUAAUGAAAUAUACACAUUAAUAUUUUCUGGUACCGGUUGCUAGUUAGUGUUUUUGGUGGCACUAAAUGGGUUCACACUGCUAAACAAAUAAAGCAUGUCUUUUUAAUCAAAAUAUCAUCUCUGUAUGCCUGCAUCUUGUGCUGUUAUUUAUGUUUACAAUAAAUCAGAAGACAAGUACCCAGGGACUUGUAUAGAUUUAUGUUGAAUCUAGAAACUUGUAUUCAAAUAACUGGGGGGCAAGCUGUGCCUCUUAAAUCCCUGGCUCAUGAUCUCCAGUUUUCCAAAGCUUUCUUAAGUCCAUGUCCUUCCAAUGGUUCAAAGUGUCAUUUACAGACCAACAUAAGAAAAAGAGAGGUUGGUAAGCGUGACAUUUUGUAAUACUUUGAAAUAAAUAUGGGUCCAAUCAUACGCAUGCAACCUCUUAUUCCUAGUCCCUGUGUGAGGAUUUGCCUCAGUCCUACUUUUUUAUUUUGUUUCCCCUUACUCAGCUCCAUACCAUUUCUACCCACUUUUUCCUAAUGUUCAAACUUCAGACCAAUGACAUCUUUCCCCCAUUUCCUUUAACCGUUUACCAGAUGGGCCUAUAGGGACAUUGCUAGUCAACACCUAGCCAAUUCUAUGUGCUUCACUUAAUAAGAGUUUGACAGAACAAAGGGCAGUAGCUCAGCGAUAGCAUAUCUGCUUUGCAAGCAAAAUGUUCUUCUGGAUUCAAUUCAUGGCAUCUCUAGGUAGGGCUGGGAAGGACUCCUGCCUGAAAUCCUGGAGAGCCACUGGUACUCAAAUGUUGACAGUACUAAGCUAGAUGGACCAGUGGUGUGACUCUAUAAGGCAUCUCCCUGUGCACUGUCUUAAGAUACUUCAUUUGUAGUAAUUUGGAAUGCUGUUUCCAUAUUUGCGUGUGAGGGUAAUACAGCUUGUAACUAUUCUUUCAGGCAGUCUUUCCCCACAUUUGGACAGACGUAAGCAGAACAAAUGUGUUGGGUGGGAAGCAAUUUCACUCCUCAACAGUGGUGCAAUAUCCAUGAUUAAGGAUGAAUUAUCUCUGUCUCUCAAGGGGCAAAUAGCUUUCUGAAGGACAACUGGUGCUAUGUGUCAAUGAGUUGUGGUCAGCAGUAGCAUAUCAGCACACAGAAAGAUAAGGAAAGCAAACAAUACAGCUUGUAUAGUUGAGCAACACCACUUUACGAUAUGAAAAUUGGGUUGUUUUGAUACUGUUAGGCUAAUUACUGCGAAUGAGCAACACCAGACAAUUAUUGUGUUAUUGGGGCCAUCAAGAAAAAAAGAAGUCAUAUUCCUUAAUAUCUGGAAAUAUCUCCCUUUUUUGGAUUUAGGCAGUGGAGUAGCAGAGAAAUGCUCUUGUUUGAAUGUGGGAACAAUGAAGAAUCAUAGAGAUACUGGGAGGUUUUUGAGCUUGAGUUUAGCUGUGCCAGAAGCAGCAUGGAAGGAACUACAGGGGCCCACUCUAUACACUGCUCUGUGGAAACCUGAGGAUUAGUGAUUGUGUUUCCCAUUUUAAGGGUCAGCUUGUUUCCACUAAGCUCUGCUUGAAUAAGAUCAUCAGUUUCCAAUUCUCUCUUGUGCAAAGGAAACAAAAACCUGUGGUGCUGCUUCUGGAAUCUCCUACCACUUGAGAAAGGAAAAGUGUUUAACAGGAAAUGUUACUACUUUUAUAGCUCAAAAGAAAUACAAGCAUGUGUAUAAUGGCAGUUUUUUGUUUUUUUUUAAAGACUGAAUGUACUAGGGGAGGGAACAUCUGAUCCCUACAGUCCAGACACAGAAGGAACAUCUGGUUGAUGUGGCUUCCCUGCUUGUCCUAAUGGGUUGAUGGCAGAAUAGUCUGUAUGGGCUGAUUCCUGCAGAGGGGUGAUACUGAUCCAUAGGAAAUAUACCUGCAACUCCCAAGGACAUUCCUUCAGGAGUAUUGACCACUGCUGUACAGAUGUACCCUAAACACAAGGGCAUUCCUUCAGGAGUAUUGACCACUGCUGUACAGAUGUACCCUAAACACAGCCUAUGGAUGGAAGUCAGUGUUGGCUUUACCAUGAGAUGAAGUGAAGCUACUGUCUCAGAUCAUGGAUUGAAAAACUGAGGGCAGCAAAAAUGGGCCACUCCUUAAAUUGCAAAAAGUAUACAUGAAGCACACCAAUCUGACCAUUCAUAGGAUGAAAAUAGGUCUAGAGCAGAGGUGUUCUGGAACAGGGUGGCUAACUGAUGUACCUUCAGAUUGUUGUUGAAUUCUGACUCCCAUCAUCCCUGCCAGCAUGGCCAGUGGUCAGGAACAAUGGGAGUUGCAGUACAACAAACACCUAAAGGUUCACAGGUGAGCCAUCCCUGUUCUAGAAUAUAUAUGAUAUUAGCAGGUGGUGAGUGGCUAGAAAAAUAAGUCUUGACCACAAAUUUUGAAAUUUGCCCUGGUAGGUUAGGUGGACUGCAUGUGUUUAUUAUAGUUGACCUGGAAGAAGAGUCCUCUGACUCCUGUACUUUAAGAAAAGUGCACUGGACCUCCAGUAAUUUCAAGUACAUAUUUGAUGUUUCUUCUGGCAUGGUUGUACAUUAUUAAAUACAAAAUGAUUAAUAUCCUAUUGAUAUGUAGUGCCAUAAAACCUUGCCCAAGGUUGUUGCUGGCUCUGUGAGUUGAGCUCAGCCGACUUAAUUAGAGCAAAAUGACUGGGUUUGUUUAAGUCAUCCAGUUUACAUGUAACCAUUUUAAUUGAUUUGAGGGGUGCAGGUGUUUUGGACUGUUAGAUUUACUUGCUCUGAUGACUAGAUGUAUUAGCCUUGAGCCAGCUGAGGUAACACACAACUGCCAAUGGCCCUGCAUCCAUAUCACAGCCUGCCUCAAAAGUGUCAUCCAUCCAGUUUGUUCAAUGGCAAAGAGCAUUCUGAUAUGUAGCGGCAACUUUUUGCCUGUGCACAUGGAAGCUUGGCUCUGUUCAUGGGUUUCCCUUAUAAUAUCAGAGCACAUGAAUACAGAAAUUUAUGAAUGUAGACUGAGUAACAUACGCAUUCAUUUUAGAAUGUGCAGGCUUUCUUGCUGGGUCAAAUUUGACUUACACACACACACACACACACACACAGUCACAAGGAUCAGUUGGAUAUUUUUGGUUGUAAAAAGAUAAAAGCUGUCAUAGUCUCCUGUGGUUAUAAUGGUGUAUCCCCUGAUAGCAGGAAUGAACUUCACCAGCUGUUGCUUUUCAUCUUCUCUUUUGCAUGAUUUUGCUUACUCUUCUGCUUCUUGGGAGGGUAGUAGUACCCUUUUGGUCAGUUAAUGCAUCAAAUAUUUCUGAUUUUGUUGUGUUGCAGUGCGAAAUAGAUUGAGGGAGAUAGUGGGAGCAUCUACCAAUUGGAGGUAUGACACAUGCAAAGCUUUCUUUGAUUUUUUGAUAGUUGCAUUUCAAAAUAAAGCAGAGCUGAUUGGAAUAUCCUCUUUCAGAGAUUUAACCAUCUGUCUUCAAACUCUGAUGGUCUUUGCCCCUACAGGAAUGAUGGUGAUGAUUAUGAUAAUACUUCUCAUAAAUGUUAAUAGUUUAUAUGCAUUAUCUUAGUAAUCCUUUAAAAAAAAUCCUUCAGAGAAAGUAAAUUAUUAUUAUCCCUAAAUUACAAAAAUGAUUUGGAUCUGAUAGUGCUUGCCUUAGGCUGUAACCAGGUUCAAGGUGGGCCCAAGAUUUGAACUGGUGAUUUUCCAGCUCAACAAUCUUGAUCUUAACCAUUAUGCUAUGUAACUCUAUUCUAGUAAACGUGUAUUACAUUUUUCAACCUGUGUCCAUCUGGAAUCAUCUGAUUUGUUUUCCUCCAGAGACCAUGUGCAAGCAAUGAAUGAAAGAAAAGCUUUACAUACCCUCCUUGCAAAAAACCAAGCUGACCUGCCCCCUAGGAAAAUGAGAGACAGCUAUAUAGAAGUUAUUCUGCCUUUGGGAAGUCAACCUGAAAUAAGAGAAAAAUAUCUGAACGUGCACAACUCUGUCAGGUAAAAUCAGUUGCCUUUUUAAUAGAAUGAAUAUCUUCCUACUUGGUGCCUUACCAUUUGCACUGUUAUCCAUUUUGACUUAAACCCCCCCCCCCCACCUGGCUCUCCUAAUUAUUAUAUGUGAAUUUUCAAAAGGAUCAAACUAUUGAGAUGUUUAAUGAUAAAUUUUUAAACUUCAGAUUGUACUUUUUUUUUAAACACCGUCAUAGAACUAUGUUGGAUUCGUCCCAGUAUCUUGCAAAGUAAUCUUACCAUGUACCAUUUUAACCUUGGUAGGUUUGGCCGAAUUCUUGAAGAUCUUGAUAGCUUAGGAGGUAUGUAACAGCCAUUCAGUUUCAUUGAUCUGAUAGUCAGAUUAAUUUGGGUAAUUAGAAUUCUGGGGUCAGAUAUUACACAGAACUGGGAUGCGAGAGAAAGGCGUGUGAGUUACUUGGGCUUCCACUUUUUUGCAGUUCCUGUGUAAAUGCUCAAAUAGUGAAGAGUGACAUAUGUGACCUAAAUGAGUUGUGCUCAUGAAUGCCCUCAACCUGCAGGAGCUAGAUGGGAAAUUUUUCCUUGCUAUGGCGAGGGUGGUGAAUAGAGAGAAUGGUUCCUUGAUUUUCUGAGAUCCUUAGAGAAGGCAGCCAGUCUGUGAUGCAAAGCACGACUAUCCAGAAAGAAACAAGAGCUGCCAAAAUCUCAGAAACCUUUUCCCAAGCCAGGAUUUGUGUUUUGGUGGUGCAGUGCAUCCACGGGAGCUCUUCACAUGACUGAUUGAAUGAACCCAUUUUAAUUAUAUUUGUGAACGAGACAUUUUCAUGCAUGUUCCUUGUUUGUUUGAGCUUGUCAAGUGUUAUGACACAAAUACCACAUUGUAAAAAUUUUACUGCACUCCCUUUCAUAAAAAAAUUAAAUACAGAGAAUAAAUCAUGCAGUCUCUUUCAUCCUUUCUCUACAGUUCUGAUUUGUUAUACACACACAAAGCAUGAAGCUGGUCAGAUGUCUCCUUUGUCGAUUGUUACAGCGCUGGUGGAUAAAAUUGGUACGGUGUUGUUGGAUCUAUUAAAAAACUUAAUGCUUGAACUAGGAGUGCUCGCUGUGUUGGGUAAAAAGAGCUAGGCUUCAUUUUGACAUAAAUGUUGGGGGGGAAGGGCAGGAGCUAACUGCUCCACCUCUUUUGGAUAAGACUUUCUUCAGGCUGCCAGAUGUUACAGUAAAUGUACAUUUGCUUCCAAAACAACACCUGUGUUUCCAUGCCCCUACUUUCAUUUUAACAACUUGUUAGGUCCAUUAUGUCAUGAGUUCCGCCCCCUCUGCUUCUCCCCUACACUAAAUCAGUGAUGUGGAGCAGGGCAGUGCUGAAAUCACACAUUUCUCCAAUUAGAUACUGCCCCAAGAGGAAAGGCAGCAAAAUGUGUUGCAGCCAUUUUCUGUGGCAAAUGUUCACUUCCUGUUGCAUCUUGCUUGACCUGAAGAAGGUGCCUGGCAAACCUUUCUAGGGAGCAUUCUACAGCUGGAGUCUGAGAAGGCUCCUCUCCCUAGUAGCCACCCAGCUCCCUUCUCUUGCUGGUGGCACCCAGAGUAGGCCUUUAAAAAGGAUCUUAAGGGGUGUGGGGCAAAGGCAGUCUUUUAGGUAUCCUUGUCCCAAGUCAUUAAGGGCUUUAAAGGUUAAAAUGGGCACUUUUUCUGACUUGUAAUAGAUAACCAGAGGUAAGUUAGCUUCCUUGAGCUAGAGAAAUUAAGUUACUUAUCUUUAGUGUCUAUGCUCUGACUCCUGUUUGUUUGCUUUUAGGAUUAUGGAAGCAGGAUAUUCGUCCAGACUGUGAUAUCAAGUUCGUUGGGAAUGUUUCAUGGGUAGGAAGGACAUCAAUGGAAGUAAAGAUGCACAUGCUUCAGGUUGUAAUUUUUCCAUAUAAAAAGUAAUACACUUUAUGAGUGCCUGAGAGUUCUAAAACAAUGGCCUGGUUCACAUAUGGCAUUAAACCACAGUUAAAAACAAACUGGUUUAAUGUGAACGUGCACAUUAGUUCUCUCUGCUCUGCUUUUGCACUUGUCGCAUCACCAGGAAAUCUGACAUGUUGUGAUGUCCCACCCCGGGCUUUUGGUUUGUUUCUCUCCAAACAAACCCUAGCUGGCAAUUAAGGUUUGUUCUUGGGUUAUUGCUUGCAUGUAUUUUGGGAGAAAGAAACCAUGAGCCUGGGUUUGGGCGGAACAACAAGCCAAACACUGACUUGUUUUCUGAUGGUGCAGCUGGAGAGAAAGAGAGAGAGUAACGCAGUGUGCCCCAGUUUCCAAGAAACCAUACCUUGUAUUUAGCUAUAGUUGAGUGUGGUGUGUAAACCAAGCCACUAUGAAGGCAGAACAUAAGGGUCUUCUUUGUGUUAUCAGCAGGAACAAGACUAGUUUGCUAAAGAUGAUUUCCCUUCCAUUGUUUUCUUUUAGUUUCAUGAUGGUGCCUAUCAUCCUGUAUUAGAUGCAACUUUUGUCAUGGUGGCCCGUGAUCCAGAAAACAAAAGGUAAGGCUUUCAGUAGACCAUUGGGAAUAAUUGUACAGUGACAAGUGGUAAAGUCUUUUGCUGAAGGGAGGACAAAAGAGGAGAGAGCUGCUUGCCCAGUGGGGGCCGAGCUGCAACACUAGCUUCCUGACACGACUGCUGCUUACUGAAAAGUGGGGAGAGAUCAGGGUUAUGCCGGUGUACUGGUGGAAGUGCUGCAUUGGCUCUGCUGGUGGGCUGCAUAGCCUCCUCACCCCUCUCCCUCUUGGUAAGUGACAAUGAUGCCUCUGCCAGGACGCUAACACUAUAGCUCUGUCCCGCCUGGAGAGCUGGGUCUGGUGAUAGUCAAACGCUGCUGCAUUCAAACACUCAGGCAGGCAUAUAUACACCUCAUUUAUUUCCUCCCCUUUAUUCACAGGCCAGCAUUUGUGAACCCACUGAUUCUUGAAAGUCCAGAAGAGGAAAAAAUCUUUAAGGAAGGCGAAGGUAUGUAAUGCAUUCCUCGGGGUUGUGAAGAAUUUCUGGUUGUGGUCCAUUCUCCCAUGCUCUUUAAAGGGCAUUUAAAGAUGGAUUUUCAGGGUUCUCCCUCCAGCUCUGCUCUUAUAAGUAUUGAAUAUGUGGAAGAUCAACAUGAUUAAUAGAUAAUAGGGGAAGGAAUUUAAUUGUCCCAAUUGGCUUGUAACAAGCCUGUCCACUCCAUUUCACUUCCUUAAAUAUCCUUUUAAAGCCAUGGAAGCCAGUGGCCAUCAUUAUGCUAUGCUGGCCACUUCCGCAGGUGAAUUAUGCCUUGGGUGAAGAAAUACUUUCUUUUGCCUGCCCCAAACUUACCACUGAUCAAUUUCCUUUGCUGACCCAAUGUGUCAUUAUUAGUUUUGAAACAGGAGGGGGUUGGAUACAGUUAUUGGAAACUUAUUUCCACCAAGUAAUUUUCUGCUCAUUUUCAUUUACUCGGUUAGCAAACAAGACCAGAAGAGUUGAUUCCAGUAGGGCUUCCUUGCUAAAAAUGGCUCCUACUGCAGAAGAAAGAAACAUUGUACAUGACAUAUUUCUUAAUACACUGGACCCAAGGUAGGUGGCGGGGCAAUGAAUGCUUUUACAAACUUUACUUCUGUUCGGGUCUGAAUUUUCUUAAAGGUGGCCACUUGUUAUUCUAUCAUUUCUCAGCAUGUACCUAUUUCAGGCAUUGAAAAAAGGGCUGCUCAGAUGUUGUUUCCCCUUCUUUUGCCUUGUGCAGAAGUGAAUGCCCAGGCCAAGAGAUCCUGCAUUUAUUUAUUUGCGUUUUAUAUCACUCUUACUCCAGUUGGGAACCAAGAGAGGUAUACCAUAUAAUUAAAAUACUGGUACAAAAAUAAUAUUUACAGCCCUACUAAAAAACAAAAUCUAAAAAACCAAAGUGACUAACUCUGACCUUAGGUUCUCUUCUAACCCUGGAUACUGAAACUGCUAGAGGAGGCAAUGUCAGUAUCAACAAUCAGGAGACAUUUGUGAAUGUUAUUUUUAUUACCCUUGUGUUUCUCUGGGCAGCAUAUGCAAGAUUGUCCAAAAUUAUUCUUACUAGUCCUUCUCAAAUAAGUUAGAUCAGUGGUUCUCAAAGGGUGUGGCAGGAGAGGAUUGCAAGUGUGGCAGGAAGAUUCAACGACAGUCAGUAUUAUAUGUUUGAGAACCACUGAGUUAGUCUGAGAAGUUAACCCUGUGCAGUACGUUAGGCUGAGAGAUACGGCUGACCUGAGGCUGCCAGUGAGUUUCAUGGCUACGUGGGGAUUUGAACCUGGUUCUCCCUGAUCUUAGGCUGGCAUUCUAACUAUUGCACCACUUUGGCUCUAAGAGGUAUCCCCCUGGCUCCCCACCAAGGUGACAAAGCUGGCCUGAGGUAACUCACACAGAAGCUAUUCAAGGGAAAAUGACACACUGAUUCCCUCCCCCCCAAAAAAACCCUGGGAUUGAUGGGAAGCCAUAAAAUUAUCUGAACCUUUAAAGAUGAAGUGCUUUAUUUUAAAGUCCCGAAAAGCUUUAAACAGAUUUGUCCAGCAACUGGAUUUUUUUAUUGCAAAAAACUGACCACAAAAUGGGUCUUAAAAAACACAGGAGUGGAUACAUAGGCCAUGUUGCAAUGAGUAGAUGGCGAUUCCCCCCAGAAACAAAGGCCAGUGUACUCUUUGGCUGAGUGGAUAUUUGAAUCCAGACCUCUUCAUUCCAAGUGUAGCACAUUUAACUACAUCUAUUACACACAUCCUGGUUGGGGCAUUCACUAUGCGUGUCACGGUGCAAUGACGAUGAUGUGUGUGAGCCUAAGGCCUGCUUGUUGUCGCACUAUGUGGGAGACAUGGGGGGAGUGACAUUCAGACAACCCCAGGUGGAGGUUAAGCAGGGGCUUUGCUUCGUAACGUUGGGCUGAGACAGCAUCUAAACUCUCCUCCUCUCAUAGGACGGUGAGUUUUCGGAGUCGGCUGCUGCCACCCACCGCAGUGUGGAUGGAAGAUGCAAAACUGAAAGGUCUGGAAAUCUGCCAUCCUCAGGUAUUUGCAGAGAGCUAUAGCAUGAUUGUGUUAGGGGUGGGUUUUGUUUUGCUCUUGGUAAACAGAUGUUUGACUUCUUAUCCGAGCUGUGAUAUUUGAUGGUGCUUCAGUUAUAUGAUAGAAAUUGCAAUCUUUUUCAUUCUGAAGGUAUCUAUCCGUGUAAGAAAGUAGUCUUGAUAGAUUUUUGUAGUCACACAAUUGUUUGUGAGUCACCUUCAAGAGUCAGCUUAAUUUUUAAUUGUAGCAUUACAAGAAGGCUUCCUAGCUGUAUUAUUCUGAAGCUCUUUCCCACUGCGGAGGAGGUCCCACUAAGCAUAUCAUGUGAACAUUAUUGGUUCAUGGCUGCUGGCAGUGUAUUUGCCAGAGAUGCUGAGCAGCUUUCCAGUAAAUGUUAGCACAUCCGUUGACAUACUUAGGAAAUCCAUAUUUCAUCCCUGCCCUCCUCCAGGCACUCCACCUCCGUGUCAUUGUGUAUUGUUGUUGUUGUUUAGUCGUUUAGUCGUGUCCGACUCUUCGUGACCCCAUGGACCAGAGCACGCCAGGCACUCCUGUCUUCCACUGCCUCCCGCAGUUUGGUCAGACUCAUGCUUGUGGCUUCGAGAACACCAUCCAACCAUCUCGUCCUCUGUCGUCCCCUUCUCCUUCUGCCCUCAAUCUUUCCCAACAUCAGGGUCUUUUCCAGAGAGUCUUCUUUUCUCAUGAGGUGGCCAAAGUAUUGGAGCCUCAGUCCUUCCAGUGAGCACUCAGGGCUGAUUUCCUUCAGAAUGGAUUCGUUUGAUCUUCUUGCAGUCCAUGGGACUCUCAAGAGUCCUCCAGCACCAUAAUUCAAAAGCAUCAAUUCUUCGGCGAUCAGCCUUCUUUAUGGUCCAGCUCUCACUUCCAUACAUCACUACUGGGAAAACCAUGGCUUUAACUAUACGGACCUUUGUUGGCAAGGUGAUGUCUCUGCUUUUUAAUAUGUUGUCUAGGUUUGCCAUCGCCUUUCUCCCAAGGAGCAGGCGUCUUUUAAUUUCGUGACUGCUGUCACCAUCUGCAGUGAUCAUGGAGCCCAAGAAAGUAAAAUCUCUCACUGCCUCCAUUUCUUCCCCUUCUAUUUGCCAAGAGGUGAUGGGCCCAGUGGCCAUGAUCUUCGUUUUUUUGAUGUUGAGCUUCAGACCAUAUUUUGUGCUCUCCUCUUUCACCCUCAUUAAAAGGUUCUUUAAUUCCUCUUCACCUUCUGCCAUCAUCAUUGUGUAUUACAGCCAUGAAAGAGCAUGCAGCAACCUACGGACUAGGUUCAGGUCUUUGCCAAUGUGUUUUUAGCAAAAGGUACCAGCUGCUCAGUAUAUAUUGCAGUCUUGUGCCCGUUCCUCUUCCUGUCCCCACUAAUUGGUUACAAUCACAAAGUAAAGCUUGAUAAUAAUUGCUGAGGAAUAUGUAAAAUACCUCUUGCAUAUUGACAUGUGAUUAGAGCGUAUUGAUAGCUAGAUUGAUGAUAUAAUUCCAUUGCUCUCUUUCCUUCCUCACCGUUUUAAUCAUUGAUUUGCAUUUCUCACUUGAUCCAAAAUGCUUGUAUCACCAAAGCUACAUAUGUACUUUACAUUUAAAGUACAAAGAAUCAUAGGAGCUGCAUUUUACCCCUCACAGAGUUACAAUUAUCAGUCCUCAGCAUCCUUUGGGGGUGAGGAAUGUUGUUUGCAUUUGCUUUAAACGUAUACUGUGUUGGCAGCCCAAAUUUCCCUGCUGUCACUGGACAAAAUUUCCUCUAUCACCAGCAUAAUUUGACUGGCACAAAAAGUUGGUAGUUCUCACUAUCCUUCAUUGCAGUUGGUUGGACUGCAAUGACUAUUGGGAGUCCCUUCCACCUCUACAAAUGGUAUGAUUCAGUGAUACACAGUAUAUUGUAUUCUAUCCACAGAUUAUGCAUUUUGUGCUUUUUGUUAUGUUGCCAAUAGCACAAAUUCCUAAUUACUUGUUUUAUGGCUACCUUGAUGGAGAACCAGAAAUAAAUAUACGUUUUAAGUCAACAUUUUCUGUAAGGGUGCAUCAUUCACCACUGAAUAUUUUUGACGGUAGGAACGCAACAUUUUCAAUAGAAUCUUUGGGGGAUUUCUCAUGAGGAAGGCAUAUGAACUUGGAUGGGCUUGUGCCUACAGCUAUGGGUAAGUCGCAGGAUGGUAAUAUUUAUGGGACUUAAAGCCCGGCGAGUCUUUUGGGAGGGUGGGGGGAGGGGAAGAGGGCAGGGGUUCACUUGGUUCUCCCUCCAGACUUCCUCCUUCCCGGCUAUGAGUGGGAAGAGCACCUUUCUCCUCUUGCACUCUCAAAUCAGUACCAUGUGAGCAGGGAAGAGGCCACGUAACCUUGUAAAGUGAUUUGUUUUACAGAUUCAGUACAGCAGCCUUCCCCAACUUGGUGCAUUCCAGAUGUUGCCCGACUACAGCUGCCAUUUCCCCUCACUAUUGGGAGUGAUGGCAGGAGCUAGCUGGGAGUUCAACAACAUCUGGGGGAGAUCAGCUUGUGGAAUGCAGCUGUAAAGUGAUGCACCCAAAGACAUUUGGGCUAAUUUUGUAGGAGUUAGUGAAAUCUCAUACAACAAAUGAGUAUCACUAAGUUGGACAGUGAAAAACGUCUUAGGAACUGCCAGCUGGUCUUACCCCUUUCUUUCAUAAAACAAAAUUAUUUAAAGCCUUUUCCUAAUUGCAGGUGAUAUCUAUACACAAAAAUCAGCUUUUAUGUAGUUUCUGAUUUCUCAUGUUUUUUCAUGUUACUUACAACGCAGUGUUCCCUAUGUUUCCCUUUUAAAAAUGUAUUAUUUUCCUCCGCUCCAGAAACUCCCGGCCUUAUGUGGUAGCUGUAGAUGAUAUCAUGUUUCAAAAACCAGUUGAAAUUGGAUCUUUGUUACUACUUUCUGCCCAGGUAAUGGAUUUAUUCUACUGAAACCAUUUUGAUAGAUCAUACUGGUAUAAAUCAUUUGGCUGUCCCUGAAAGUGAGCAAUAACAAGUCAGAGAAACACUGGCUUUCUUUUUCAAAUAUUAAAAUGUUGUGUCUUCCUUGUUCAUUUCUGAAUUUGGAGGCCCAUAGUAGCUCUUUUUUGUUUUAAAGGUAUGCUAUACUGAAAAAAAUAAUGCCCAGGUUCGAGUACACAGUGAGGUGUAUGAUCCAGCUACCAGAGUGCACCAUACAACCAAUGUCUUCCACUUCACAUUUAUGUUAGAAAAUGAGAUACCAAGUAUUGUUCCCAGAACAUAUGGCGGUGAGUACCUAUUUUGGAAGCUUCACACAGUGCAUGAUAUUGCAUGCUGCAGUGCAAAAGUAAUGGUAUUAUAGGAUCAUGGGCCCAGGAUGGAUUCCUUCCUGUUCUGGUUGUCCCCCACCCCAGUACCCCUUUUCCUCUCUUAUCACCUCUCUUUCUGGGUUCAUUUAGGUGGCCCAGAGAAGAAUUGUAUAGUACCAUAUUGGCUGUAUAUCUGUUUCAGCAGCAAUAUCGUAAAAGGCAAUUUGUGUAAGGUCGCGAAUUUAAGCUGUACUUUUAACAUUUCACGGUCGGAAUUUGGAAAAGUGUGUGACUUAUAUUCAGGCCAACAUGGUUAUUUGUGCAUUCUGUUUUUUGUACUAACGUAGUUCAAACUGUGUGAAUCUAGGUCCACAGUUCCUAUCCAUUUGUUUUGUUUUGUUAUUUUAAGGUAUUAAUCUGCCCACUUCUUCAGUCUGUGCUGUGUGAACUAACCUAAAUGAAAGGAGGAACAAUGAAAGUGUUCUCAAUGAAGACAGAGUAAAACUUUUAUUCCAAUUUUUUAAACAGGCAGGCUUAAAAGCGAGAACCCAGUGUGUGUAAGGAAAAAGUGUGAAAAAUUGACUCGAGUAUCUCUUACUAAUUGACCACAUAAUCUUAGGAAGUUUGAGAAGUAUCCAUAUAAAUGACUUACGGUAGUUGCUUUUUCUUGUCUUUCAGAAUCCAUGCUGUAUUUGGAUGGGAAGCGGCACUUUGAUUCCGCCAUGAAAGAAAACAUAGCACCCUAGCAGUGUGCCACCUUUGGAAGGAGAUCGCCUUGGAAGCUUUAAGCAUAUUGCUUCUCCACAGGAGGUGGCAAAGCAUUUCUGCCAUUAAAAACAGUAUGAUCAUGAAUGCAGAAAUGCUCUAAAGCACUUACUUUUAUAUCCAUUUAUUGUUUAUUUCUAUUUAUACAUAGUUUUUAGAUUGAUUUUUGUAUUUCAUAUUGGCGUUUCAUAUAUUUUAUGUAUUUUUAACGCCAAAAGACGAACAAACUAUAUAUCAUGACCAUCACAGUGGUCAUUUGCUUUGCAAAGUGAACAAAGGUAGCUCUGAAAGGUGGCGGGUGAAGGAAAUGCAGUCUGGAAUCUGCCACUGAACAUCUUUUGCAUUGUUACUCAGAGGUGGUGAUCAGUAUACCAUUUAAAUUCAUAUGCUUUUCCUUAAAUGUUUUCUACCACUGACUUCAGACUGAUAAAAGCAGCUAAAGCUCCUGCACACUAAUUGAAAAGGAUUAAGCAGUUACAUGGUGUGUCAAGGCCACAUCAGGUCCAUGAAGACCAUUACCCUGCCUAUCACAGUGGAACUUCCUGAAUUAAGCAAGAACGUCUCUUGAUUUCAGCCUUUGAUAAACUCCUACCAGAUAUGGAAAUGUUUUACUGAAUAAUGUAUUAUAUCCUAUAAUAAAAAAAAUCAUACGCUUGAUUGAAAUAAUCUUAUUACAAGCUACAAAAAUAUAUUCCAGGUCGCUUCAUAUCAUAUAUGGUAGAUCUGCUCUCACAUUGGAAAUGAUUUGGAAAAGAUGGUGUGCCAAUUUGUGUUUCUAAACUGCGCAUCAGUGAAGCCAGAGAUUCCUUUUGGAGCUUUACCAUUUUGUUUUUUCUUCUUUUCAUAGAUAUUUUUCUAUGCCAGUUGCAUUUUGAAGUUUUGGGCUAUUCAAAACUGAGAAUGCAACUCCCCCUUGUGGAUGUUUGAAGCAUAACCAUGCUUCUACUAUGAAUAGAUUGAGAUACUAAUCACAUUACUGGAUGUCCUCCUCCAUCUGAGAAUAAAGAUACUUGACACUGUAUUUUAGUGUUUAAAUUAUGCAUUUAAUUUGUAAAAAUGUGUUUGGAUUGUGCAGUUUCUGUAACUCAUCUAACUUAAAAAUACAUCCCCAAAGUUUAAGUAACUGUGGUAGCUUUUUCCAGUGCUUUUUUUCUGGGGAGACGCAGGAGGAUGCAUACUCCUAAACAAUUUGUGAAUCUUAAGUUUGGCCUCAUUGAGGGGCAGUAUUUCAAUAUGAGUAGAAAAAUGAGAGUACCCAUAAACAUUUUUUUUAAAAGAAAAAAAGCACUGGCUUUUUCACAUUUGCUGUGUACUGUCUCUCAAAAACAUUGUGUGCAUAGAUUGUGAUUCAAUAAUUGAAGUUUAGACUUAAUUUGGAAACGAGUUCCAUCUAGUCCUGUACCCUUUGCAAGAAUAUACGGUAAGCAGAUGGCAGCACAAAUGAACAAUUUUUACCUUCUUCUCAUGCCCAUCUUGCACUCAUUUGUUUUGACUCUGCGUUUUCAAAAUAGAAAUCAUAGAAUAUGGGAAGUCUGAAUUAUGUAAUCAAUAUAUUGGAGUGGGCAACCUCCAGUCUGUGGGCUUCCUGCUUGCCCUGCAAGGCUGUUUUCCACAAACCAUACCCACCUACCUUCCUGUGAUGUCAGGCAGAAAUGCAGCUGUUUUCCCUGUAGAAAGCAGGGUUGAUCAAUCAGCUGAUGAGUGUGUGUGUGUGUGUGUGUGUGUGUGUGUGUCCUUGGUUCGGUGUGUGAGAUUAAUUUGCACACUUACUAAAUUCUAUGAAACACGAUGCUUACUUCAGAGUAAACAUGCAUAUAGUUGGGUUAGAAAUAGUUAUUAGUGUGACUAGCAGCAUGAGACUUCCAACAGUGAAAGUAAUUUUACAUGGUAAUAUUUUAGCACUGCUUCACUGCUAUUAUUCUACUUUAGUAGAACAAGAAGCCUUAUACACACUGAACCAAACACUGGUACAAUUCCACCAAGAAGCAACACACAAGCAAUUAUCAAAAUUAGUGGAACUUUUAUUGGCAGAUUUUUAGCUGUGAAUUGUAGAAGAAAGCAGUCAGUUCACUUUACCAAAAUACUUCAGUUUUCCUGCAGGAUCUGGAAUUAUCUGGAUAAGGAGAAAAAAGUUGCAAUCAAAAUCAAAAUAGUCUAAUGUUUGUUAUAUAUCUGCUGUAUAAAGUGAACUAAGUCCUGUGCUGAUGAUUGGAUGUAUAUUAGACCCAUCCAUCCUCCAGUGAGUUCCCCAAGAUAACACAGGUACUCAAAUACCCAACGGUACUUACAAAUCUUCUCUUGGCCACCACAUUCUCAUAGCAUCUUCAGGUUUGAUCUAAACACAUGCAGAAGGCAUGGCUACAGCUAUUAGUGUAUUCCUGUUUUCAUGUCACAAUAGUUUGAUGAUACAGAGUACCCUACAGACGCAUGUGCCCUACCUCUCCUGCUGCUGCCCAACACACACAUUUCCUGGUAAGAACUACAGUUACACCAAUUCAGAUAUGGUAUACCAAGGGUGGGUAGCGUUGGCCCUCCAUGCAUCGCAUCUUUCCCUCUCCCCUCACUGGCCCUGCUCUCUAACAAGUGCUUUUGCUUGUCUGGAAUGUGUCUGUGAUCUUUGAUAAUGCUUCUUGCUUGUAUGGAUUUUGUAUUUUCUAUUUUCUGACUGUGUUCUUGCCCUCACACACUGGAUAUGGUGACACAUACACCCCAAUCAUAAUGUGAGCAUAGGAUUGCACUGAUAAGCACCAUGGAUUUUUCUGGUACCAAGGUGCACCUAAUGCUCUUUGGAUUGUACCCAAAAUCAUAAGGGGGAAGACUGAAAUCAUCGGUGUCCUUCAGUAACAUGUCUGGACAAAACAAACUACUGUAGGGAUGUGGAACUGUCUUGAGAACGCAUGCAGUGUUCUUUUGUGACCUGUCUACAGUCGCACUUGUGAUAAACCACAUGUUAUUCCAUUGCUGCACUUGUCAAGUCACUGGCCAAAAAACUCAGAUUAAUAUCCUCAACUUUGAUGUUUCUUUAUUCUGAAAGUCUAUAAUGUAGAAAUAAAUGGCAAAUACUUCUACAAAAUGUUUAUAAAGACUGCAGCCCUGUGCAUACCUACUCAAAAUUAACUCCUUGAAUUUAAUGGGACUUAUUCCAAGUUAAAUGUGCAUAAGACUGUAGCCUAAGUGGAUGUAUUCAGAGACUGUGAAAUCUAUUGAUCAAUGAAGAUACUGUUAUAUGUUAAGAGUGC